AAAAUAAAAUACAUGGGAAGCGGAAGCAUUUGAUGGUGGAGACUGGUGACUGGGGGUGGUUAUGGGCGGUCUUCUGAUCUAUCUUUCUUUCUUUCUCGCUUUCAGAAAAUUCCGUCCAGCUCCAGCGUCCAGGUAAGUAAUUCUAUUUAAUGGAUUGAACAAUUUGUUUAGCUCUUUUAUUUUCGGAGAAAGAGAGGGCGAGAGAGUGUUUGGCUUUACGUUCGCUGCACUGCACAAAACCAAGUGUCACUCUGAUCUGGCACUGCCCCUGCUUGAUUGCUCAAUUCCAAUGCAAAUCCCAUUCUUUGUAAGCUUCAUCAUCAUCAAAAUCAUAUCUAUUUCUUUCUCAUGAUGUCGUCGUUAUUUGCUUUAUUGAAUUCAAUGGGUUAAGAAUACUUGGAAAGCCGAGGGAACGAGAGGAGGUCGGUCGACCAAAAACCAUAACUUUCUUUUCCAAUAACCCAAAAGCACAUAAUCCCCCAAAAUUCACAAACACAGAAAAAAAAAAAAAAAAAAAACCAAAAAUGGUGUUUGGUCGAAUCGGAGAUUUCAUCUCUGCUUCUUCAACUCUUUGGUCUGCCCCUCAGUCCUCCUUUAUCUCUUCCUCUCCUUCGGGAUUUUCGCCUCCCGAAGACUGGAAUGCUCAUGGGUCCGCUUUUGCUUUUCCAAACAAGAACAGUCUGCGGCUCUCCUCGUCUCUUCAGGAUUUCUCCACAUUUCGUCGUCUCGAUCCCGACCCCGAAGAGCCGGAUCUCGACUCCCAUUCCAAACAGCUUCAUUAUUCCUUACAAAGUCAGAGAGAAACCUCCUCCUCCGGCUCCAGCAGCUUUUCAAAGGACAAGGCACAGCCGUCCCCUUCAUCACGAAACAAAUGGUGGCUUCGAGCUCUUGUGCUUUUGUUUUGCCUCCUGGUCUUUGCUUUUAUAAUUUAUUUAGCUUCAGUCUAUAUCUAUUCCUCAUAUUGGUCUCGAGGAGCAUCUAGAUUCUAUGUUGUCCUCGACUGUGGAAGUACCGGAACUCGAGUUUAUCUAUACGAGGUGUCCAUUCGUCAGAAGAAAGAUGGCAGUCUUCCUAUUCUAAUCAAGUCAUUGACUGGCGAUCCUCAGAGAAAGCCCAACUCGCUGCCAGGUCGUGCUUAUGAUCGAAUGGAGACUGAGCCUGGAUUACACAAACUGGUUCACGAUGUUUCUGGUUUGGAAGCUGCAAUAAAGCCGCUUGUUUCGUGGGCAGAGAAGCAAAUUCCAGAACAUGCACAUCCCACUACCUCUGUCUUUCUUUAUGCAACAGCUGGGGUUCGCAGGCUGCCAAGUGAAGAUUCAAAGUGGAUUCUUGACAAUUCAUGGUCCAUUCUCAAGAGUUCGCCCUUUUACUGUAGAAGAGAUUGGGUAAAGAUUAUUUCCGGCAUGGAAGAAGCUUAUUUUGGAUGGAUAGCCCUUAACCACCGCACAGGUAAGCUGGGGGCCAACCCGAGAGUGCCAACAUUUGGAGCACUUGAUUUGGGCGGUUCAUCAUUGCAGGUUACAUUUGAGAGUGACAAACAUGUCAAAGAGGAAACUAGCUUAGACCUUAGAAUUGGAGCCGUGAAACAUCACCUCACUGCAUAUUCUCUAUCAGGCUAUGGUCUGAAUGAUGCCUUUGACAAGUCCGUGGUUCAUCUUUUUAUGAAGCUUUCGCAAGAAGCUUUAAGUGGGAAGAUACAACUUAAGCAUCCAUGUUUGCACUCAGGGUACAAGGAGCAAUACACGUGUUCUCAAUGUGCUUCAAAGUACCAGCAAGGUUCAAGUCCUGUGAAUGGAGAAAAGACUGGGGGUAAGGGGGCAAAAUUAGGAAUUUCUGUGACGCUUAUUGGUGCUCCGGAUUGGGAAAAAUGCAGUAAACUUGCAAAAGUUGCUGUCAAUGAAUCUGAAUGGUCCAAUGCAAACACAGGCAUUGACUGCGAUUUGCAACCUUGUGCACUUCAUGAUGGUUUCCCUCGCCCUUAUGGCCAAUUUUAUGCUAUGUCUGGCUUUUAUGUGGUGUAUCGAUUUUUCAACCUGACUCCAGAGGCCACACUUGAUGAUGUGUUGGAAAAGGGUCGGGAGUUCUGUGAAAAGACGUGGGAAGUUGCAAAGAAUAGUGUUACCCCUCAGCCUUUCAUUGAACAGUACUGCUUUAGGGCACCAUAUGUUGUAUCGCUGUUGAGAGAGGGCUUGCAUAUUAUAGAUAAUCAAAUCACCAUUGGCUCUGGAAGUAUUACAUGGACUCUUGGGGUGGCUCUGUUGGAAGCUGGGAAGGGAUUUUCAAAUAGAAUGGGGAUUCACAACUAUGAAAUACUCCAGAUGAAGAUAAACCCUAUAAUCCUUAUUGCAGUUCUGUUUAUAUCAAUUCUUUUCCUCAUUUGUGCAUUGUCAUGUGUUGGCAAUUGGAUGCCAAAAUUUUUUCGGAGGCCAUACCUUCCUCUUUUUAGGCAUAACGGUGCAUCUUCUGCAUCUGUACUCAGUAUCCCAUCUCCUUUUCUUUUCCAGCGUUGGAGUCCUAUCAAUUCUGGAGAUGGAAGAGUGAAGAUGCCUUUAAGUCCCACAGUUGCAGGUGCCCAACAGAGACCAUUUGGCUUGGCACAUGGUCUUGGCAGUAGCAGUGGCAUCCAGCUUAUGGAAUCUUCCGUAUACCCAUCAACUAGUAGUGUUACACAUAGUUAUUCCUCAAGUAAUUUGGGGCAGAUGCAAUUUGACAGUAGCAUGGCAUCCUUCUGGUCGCCUCACAGAAGUCAGAUGCGACUUCAAAGCAGGCGAUCACAAUCUCGAGAAGACCUUAAUUCUUCACUGGCUGAGGCUCACUCGGUGAAGGUUUAAGCAUGCUCAUCAAGAAACUCUGACCUUGCCAUUUCUUCUCCAAAUCUUUUUUUUUUUGCCUUUUUUUUUUGAGAGGAGUUGGAAAUUACCAUUUAGGGAGAUUCAUAUUCUACCUUAGGAGUUUAUAAAUAGAGAGCUUUUGCAUUCUCAAAAAGGCUGAUGAAUAUUUAGGCAUUCUUUCUGUAACAUAUAUACCCUGCUUUAGUAGAGGAAUAGAUUUCGAGUUUGACCA